AUGAUAUUGGACCGAAUCAUAUUGGCUAGAGUAGGCAAGACUGUUUUUCAAAAUGCAAAAAUGAACGAAGCAGGAGAAAAUUUUCAUGUUGAAUUACAUGUCAACAAUGUGACUACAUAUGACAAGGAGACUUCUAGAGACGGAGUGACAAGCAAAACUGUCGAAACGUCGACUAUCAGUGAUCUUGGACAGACAUACUUGGUACGGGAAAUUCUAUCGAUAACUUUUUCUAUUGCGACCGUUUAUCUUUUACUAUCUUUGACAAUUUACCACAUAAAAAUGUGGAAGAAAACACAGACCGAAUCUUCAACAUCACGAGAUUGGAAAAUGAUUGCAAUGAAUUUAUCGAUCUUCUUGUCAAUAGUCUUCGCUUUUGUACGUUUCAUAUUAGAAUUCAAUACCAUGUGGCCAUGGAGACGUUACAGCGAUAUUAACUGCAUUGGGAUCAAAAAAGCAAAGAUAUUGUCCGUGAUUAUUAGCGUGAAUUUUGUGUCUACAGCUUACUGGUUUAGACAGAGAAGUUUAUAUAUGAUUCCCACAUUACACCAUUUGAGCAACAAGUAUACAAGAUUUCUAAGUGUCGGCAUACUUCCUAUAUUGUGUGGGUUGUUUGUUGCUUCUGCAAUAUACUACACUGUCCAAAAUAUGGGAUAUGCAUCCUUGCCCCCUUAUGGCUGCAAUAAUACUUCGGAUUUGUUGCCAAUCUCGCUUGCUUCUGUAACUUUAUUUUUCAUGCAAGUUGUUCUUCUUGGUUUGUUUAUUUAUCCUCUAUUACGGCAUCGGAGAUAUUGCAAAAUUCUUCAUCAAGACGACGAUGAGCAAAAAAAAAUAAUGUCUUUACUUAAGCGAGCAGGUGUAUCGGCAUCGAUUUGCGUCCUUAUACUUUUCCUGGGCAUAGUUCUUCAUUUCACAACAACUGGAGUUGUCGAUGACGUUGGAAUGAUAAUAUCUGAUGUUGUCAUAAUGUUUACAAUACUAGGACCCAUUCUGUCUUUUUCUGACUGGAGAAAUAGGUUCUUCCCAUUCACAUUAAAAUAA